AUGGACUCACCGGAAUACGUGGAGAAGUUAAAACCUUUUCAGGAUGGAAUACCAAACAGUAUUGAAGAAAAUAAGAAGAGAUACUUGUUGCCAAUGCACGAACUAGCAGCUGGUAAAAAGAGGUUCGAUACUGAAGGAACUCUAAAGAGAUUUGAACAUUUGCUCGGGGUCUCUAAUCUUUUCAGACAUUUUAUCGAGAAGAAGGCGGAAAAGGAUCCGAAGUUCAGGGAAGUUUUAGAUAUUAUUGACAAUGUUGAUAAUAAGGCGAGAGGUAGGGGCAAGAAGAACGCCAACUCACGCACGCGUAAAUCCGAAAAGGAGGAAGAUGCUGAACUUAUGAAGGAUGAGGAAGAAGAGGAUGAUUUCGAAGAUGUGGAUUUCCAAUUCAGAGAAAGUCCAGCUUACAUUAAUGGUGAAUUAAGACCAUACCAAAUCCAAGGUUUGAAUUGGUUAGUCUCUUUACACAAGAAUCAGCUAGCAGGUAUUCUAGCAGAUGAGAUGGGUCUUGGUAAAACACUACAGACAAUUUCCUUCUUAGGAUACCUAAGAUAUAUCGAGAAAAUUAAUGGUCCAUUCCUCGUUAUUGCCCCCAAAUCUACUUUGAAUAAUUGGCUAAGAGAGAUCAACAGAUGGACCCCAGAAGUAAACGCUUUCAUCUUGCAAGGUGAUAAGGAAGAAAGAGCAAAACUCUGUCAAAACAAGCUAUUGGCUUGUGAUUUUGAUAUUUGUGUUGCCUCUUAUGAAAUCAUUAUUAGAGAAAAGGCAUCUUUCAAGAAAAUUGAUUGGCAAUAUGUUAUCAUUGACGAGGCUCACAGAAUUAAGAACGAAGAAUCGAUGUUGUCACAGGUAUUAAGAGAAUUCUCAUCCAGGAAUAGACUACUAAUCACUGGUACCCCGUUACAGAACAAUCUUCAUGAACUUUGGGCUUUAUUAAACUUCUUAUUGCCCGACAUUUUUGCAGAUGCAUCAACCUUCGAUGAUUGGUUCUCUAGUGAGACUUCCGAAGAGGAUAAGGAGAAAAUCGUGAAACAACUACACACAGUUUUAAGUCCUUUCUUGUUGCGUCGUAUUAAGAAUGAUGUUGAAAGUUCUUUAUUACCAAAGAAAGAAUUGAAUGUUUAUGUUGGUAUGUCUUCAAUGCAGAAAAAGUGGUAUAAACAAAUCCUAGAGAAGGAUAUAGAUGCGGUCAAUGGUACCAACGGUCAAAAGGAAUCUAAAACUCGUCUACUUAAUAUUGUGAUGCAAUUGAGAAAGUGCUGUAACCAUCCUUACUUGUUUGACGGUGCAGAACCAGGCCCUCCAUACACUACAGAUGAACAUUUGGUGUAUAAUUCAGCCAAAUUAAAAGUCUUGGAUAAGCUAUUGAAAAAGUUCAAAGAACAAGGUAGCAGGGUAUUGAUAUUCUCCCAAAUGUCUCGUGUGCUUGAUAUCCUAGAAGACUACUGUUAUUUCCGUGAAUACGAGUAUUGUAGAAUCGAUGGUUCUACAGCUCACGAAGACAGAAUUACGGCAAUCGAUGAGUACAAUGCUCCUGAUUCUAAAAAGUUUAUUUUCCUUCUAACCACGCGUGCUGGUGGUUUGGGUAUUAAUUUGACAACUGCUGACAUCGUUGUCUUAUACGAUUCUGACUGGAACCCACAAGCAGAUUUACAGGCCAUGGACCGUGCCCACAGAAUUGGUCAAAAGAAACAGGUUCAUGUCUUCAGAUUGGUAACUGACAACAGUGUUGAAGAAAAGAUCUUGGAAAGAGCAACACAGAAAUUGAAAUUAGAUCAAUUGGUUAUCCAACAAGGUAGAGUUAAUACAAAGAAGAAGGAGAAUAAAAAUGAUUCAAAGGAUGCAUUACUUUCUAUGAUUCAACACGGUGCUGUAGAUGUUUUCAAGAGCAACGAUAGCAGUGCCGUUACGAGUAAGACAGGGACUCCUCAUCCAGAGGAUAAAGAUGAGGAUAUUGAUUUAGAUGCUUUGUUAGCCAAGUCGGAGGACAAAACCAAGAGUUUGAAUAAUAAAUACGCAACUUUAGGUUUAGAUGAGUUGCAAAGGUUCAACCAAGACUCUGCUUACGAGUGGGAUGGUAAGAAUUUCAAAAAGAAGGUUACUAAGGAUAUUAUUAACCCAUUAUUCAUUCCGCCAACGAAGCGUGAACGUACUGCAAACGCGAACUAUUCGGUAGAUAACUACUACAAAGAUGUUUUGAACCCAGGCCGUAAUAAUCAAUAUACCGUUCCACCUAAGAUGCCUAAACUACAACCAGUUAAUAGUCAUCAACUCUUAAGACCCCAAUUAAAGGCCAUAUACGAGAAAGAAAGAAUGUGGAUUGCCAAGAAGAAUAACUAUGUUCCGAACUUGGAUGAUGUGGCGACAACCUAUGGAGAAGUUAAGGACGAAGCUGAAAAGAAGGAUAAGUUAGAACUUCUCAAAUUGUCUAUUGCCAAUGCAGAACCACUCACGGAAGAAGAGGAGAAGAAUAAGGUUGAGUGGGAAAAAGAAGGUUUCCAUAACUGGAACAAGUUAGACUUCCGUAAAUUCAUCACUGCUUCUGGUAAACAUGGUCGUAACUCUAUCCAAGCGAUUGCGUCUGAAUUUGGUGGAAGUAAGACCGAGGAAGAGGUAAGGGCUUAUGCGAAAGCAUUUUGGGCCAAUUUGGAAAGAGUAGAGGAUUAUGAAAGAUAUGUGAAGAACAUCGAGACCGAAGAAGAGAGGGUUAGACGUGUAAAGUUGCAACAAGAGUCGCUACGUCGCAAGAUUAGCCUGUGCUCCAAUCCACUAUUUGAACUUAAAUUAAAGUUCCCUCCCUCGACUAACAACAAAAGGACUUUUUCUGAAGAAGAAGACAGGUUUAUAUUACUAAUGUUGUUCAAGUAUGGGUUGGAUAGGGAGAAUGUUUACGAAAUGAUCAGAGAUGAGAUCAAACACCACCCACUCUUUGAAUUAGACUUCUUUUUCCAGAGCAGGACACCUAUCGAGCUUCAAAGAAGGGCUAUUACAUUACUCCAAUGUUUGGAAAAAGAGUUCAACACUGGCAUCGAGAAGACCGAAGAGGUGAAGGAGCGCAUGAAGAAAGAGGACGAGGAAGGUGAAAAGUUGAGAGAAAAGCUGAAGGAAGAGAAUAAGAAGAGAAGAGAAGAAGAAGAAGAAGAAGAGCAGGAGAAACAAAAAGCUGAGGGGGACGCACAAACGAACGGCGAUAGUAACGGCACAUCCGGCGUACCUGAGGCAAGUGAGGCAAGUGAGGCCGCUGGAACAGACGAACCAAAUAACAAAAAGGUUAAAACGGAGUAG